AUGAACAGUGCCAGGCCACGAGUUGGCGCGAAAGCAAAGGGAAGAAGAAGAAGGUGGCGAAGUUACAGGAGCUCCUCAACAAUGUCCCAUCCUUUCCAAGAAUCACUCCAUCCACUUCCCACUUCCACUUCCACCACCCUCACACGCCCACGCCCGUACAUCGUCUCCUUCCUUUUCCUCACGCAUCAUCGCCAUUGCCAAUCCCUUCUACACUCCUCUUUAUGCUGCGUAAGCCUCCACCACUUGCCGCUUUACGCCUCAAUAAUGGGGACUCCAGUGAAUAUUAGUGUGGGUUCUCAUAUCUGGGUUGAAGACCCCGACGUGUCUUGGAUUGAUGGACUGGUAUCCAAAAUCAAUGGAAAGGAUGCUGAAAUUGACACAACCAAUGGAAAGAAGGUUGUCGCAAAGUUAUCAAAAAUAUACCCGAAAGAUAUGGAAGCCCCUGCGGGUGGAGUGGAUGAUAUGACUAAGCUUUCCUAUUUGCACGAGCCCGGAGUCCUCCAGAACUUAAAGACAAGAUAUGAAUUGAAUGAAAUAUAUACCUAUACUGGAAAUAUUCUGAUUGCAAUAAAUCCAUUCCAAAGGCUACCUCAUAUUUAUGAUUCGCACAUGAUGGAACAAUACAAGGGAGCACCAUUUGGAGAGUUAAGUCCUCAUGUAUUUGCCAUUGCUGAUGUUGCAUAUAGGGCAAUGGUGCACGAAGGAAAAAGCAAUUCAAUUUUGGUCAGUGGGGAAAGUGGAGCUGGUAAAACUGAAACUACAAAAAUGCUUAUGCGAUACCUUGCCUUCUUAGGUGGUAGGGCCGUCACUGAAGGACGAACUGUUGAACAACAAGUUCUUGAAUCAAAUCCAGUUCUGGAAGCAUUUGGCAAUGCUAAAACGGUCAGGAAUAACAAUUCCAGGCAAGUCUUACAACUGGAAAGUGGAAGAAUCUCGGGAGCAGCUAUACGAACAUACCUUCUAGAGAGAUCUCGGGUUUGCCAGAUUAAUGAUCCUGAACGCAACUACCACUGCUUUUAUUUUCUUUGUGCUGCACCACAGGAGUCAAAAUGCUAUGAACUGGCUGAUAUAAAUGAUUCCCGUGAGUAUCUUGCUACCAGGAGAGCUAUGGAUAUUGUUGGAAUAAGCCAAAAAGAGCAGGAAGCAAUUUUCAGAGUUGUUGCUGCAAUUCUUCAUGUUGGGAAUAUUGAUUUUGCCAAAGGCAAGGAAGUUGAUUCAUCAAUUCCAAAAGAUGAUAAAGCCAAAUUCCACUUAAAAACAACUGCUGAGCUUCUUAUGUGCGAUGCCGGUGCCUUGGAAGAUGCAUUAUGUAAGCGUGUCAUGAUCACACCUGAGGAAGUUAUAAAACGGAGCCUUGAUCCCCAAAGUGCAGCAGUCAGCAGAGAUGGCCUGGCAAAAACAAUUUAUUCUAGGCUCUUUGACUGGUUGGUGAACAAGAUUAAUAAUUCAAUUGGACAAGACGCCAAUUCUAAAUCUUUGAUUGGGGUGCUUGAUAUCUAUGGUUUUGAAAGCUUUAAAUCUAACAGGUAA